AUGCGUUGUCUUUCUGUUAGUGAAGUACCUAAGGAUCCAAUUAUUGCACAGACCGUACCCGAAUUGGUAAAAGAAUUUUGUCAAUUUCUUGAAAACCCGUUGAAUGGCUCUGAAGGCUUGGUUGCAUCAGAAACUGGUAAAUUAAGAGCUGUUCUUAUAAUUUUCAGACACGGUGAAAGAUCUACUCUGCAUAAAGGAAAUCGUGAAGAAAUUGAAUCGUUUGACUGCACUCCAUAUUAUGAAGGAGAUCGACAAGCUUUUUCCGACUAUAAAAAACUGGUAUUUUCGGAACAUUUCGAGGAUUUUUAUUCAUUCAAUAAAAUUUUUGAAAGUUUUCCACGAAUUCCCAACCUCUCUCAAUGCACUUUUGGAGAUCUUACCGCAGAAGGAGCUUUGCAACUUAUUAAACUUGGUAAUUUUCUUCGUGAGCGUUAUACUUCUGCGGGAUUUCUCUUUGAUUCAGGGCAGCAGUGGGAAAUUUCUAUCGCUUCGACACUAUAUAAUCGAACAUACCAAUCCAUUACUGCAUUCAUUGCCACUUUUCUUUAUCCUCUUCAUUCAUUAUUUAAAAGAAUAUAUAUUGAAGCUUCAGAUAAUAUCCAUUUCUGCAUGGAUAUUUCGUGUGCUUGUUCUAAUAUUCUGCGACUUCGAGAAUUAGUUGAGCAGGAAAAAUCUCAGUUUUUUAUCAGUCGAUAUAACAAGUUUAUUUCGCGUUUAAAUGUUUUGAUUAAUAUUACAAAUACCGAUGCAUUAGAUCCCGAACAUUUUUUUGACGUAUUGUUAGGUUGUUACCUUUGUAGGCGCAUGCCGUUACCAUGCCAGAACAAUGAAUGCGUAAGGUUUGACGAUUUCGUUCAAUUUAGCGAUAUUGUAUCUGAUCGUGUUGUACAAAUGCUUGAUGAAUCGCAUUCAUUAAGAAAAUUAGUUGUUGCAAGCUCUUCGGCUAUUCUUCAGUCUUUUCGCGAUUUAUUGUUGAAGUUAAAAAGCCAUCCGAGAACUGUCAGUUUGCGAUUAUAUUCUGGGCAUGAUACCACUAUUUUUCCUCUUUUGAUUGCAUUGAAUAUAAAACAUCGUGAACCUCCUCAUUAUGCCUCUCGGCUCGUUUUCGAAGUAUAUGAAAAAUCAUCCAUCAAUCGAGAAUCGCUAUUUUUUCGAGUGAUUUACAAUGGAAUGGAUCGAACAGAAGAUUUAUCAUUUUGUUCAACUUAUUUGGUGGAUAAUAUGUGUCCUUCUUGGAUAUUUCAACGAUUUCUUAAGGUCGAUUUUUAUCAAAUUGUUAAUAUUCGUGCAUUAAGCGAAAUUUGUGAUGAGGACUUGUGA